GCAAGUUCCAGUCUAUUACUUGAAGAGCAAGUUCGGCAAGCUGGAGAACCAGAUUAAGGCUUUCUUGAGCAUCGACCAUCUUCAGCAACAGAGGCGGAAGGAGACAACCAGCUGUGUCGGCUACUAUUAACCAACAUUAGGAAUACCAAGGCAGCAUGAAUAAGUUGCACAUUUUCUGUUAAAGAAGCGUGGAGACGGAUGGGUUCGUGUUACUUUUCAAGCCUUCCAACUCUUAAGACUGAUAUAUGUAAGUAGUCAUCGGACCGAUAUAGGCUAAUGUUCGUGGAAACAAUGACCAGGAAGACAAAGCUUACAGUAGAGGCCAUGUUGAACUGCAAAGAACGAGCAGGAAAACAGUCACUGGUGACCUGUGUGUUAUGUUAUUGCAGAAGGCAGUAAACAAACAAACAAGCAAAAGACAAGCGCGUGUAUUUCAACCCAAAUCGCCUGUCUUGAAACUCAGAAGUAUGCGCCACCAAGUGCGCAUAUGCUAAGCAGGAUCAAGAGGCUAGCUUAGAGGUCUGAACAUACCGUUUCAUUGAUGGAAAAUCCCUGACACCGAAGAAGAUGGGACCGUGUUAGGGUAAUAAGAAAACAGCGGUUAAUUUAGGCCAACGAGGCCACCAGCGGAACACUGCCAAAACGGGAAGUUGGAGCAAGAGAGCAAAAAUGGUAGCGCACACCUUUGUCGCCUUGGACUACGCAGUGCUGAUUUCUUUACUAGUGAUGUCGACUGGAAUCGGUGUCUACUUCGCCUGGCACGACCGCCGAACAAACACAAACAGACAGUUCCUGGUAGCAAACAGGGAGAUGAAGUGGCUGCCGGUGUCUCUGUCGAUGAUGGCGAGCUUCCUCUCGACAACCACAGUCCUCGGCGUGCCUUCAGAGGUGUUUGUGCGUGGUGCAACAUUCUGGACGGCUGCCAUAUCUACCACAUUAGCGAUUCUCAUGGCCGCAUUCAUUUUCAUGCCCAUGUACUACAAGAUGAACAUCACCAGCAUUAACGAGUAUCUGGAAAAGAGGUACGCGUCCCGGGCCAUCCGAAAGAUCGGGUCAAUAAUCUUCAUCGUACACACGAUGUUCUACCUUGGUGUUGCGUUAUACGGUCCUUCACUUGCUCUUGGAUCUGUAACCGGUCUACCGGUAUGGUCUUCCAUACUCUUGAAUGGCGCCGUCUGCACGUUCUAUACCUCAAUAGGUGGUAUCAAGGCCGUGGUGUGGACUGACGUCGUCCAAGUGUUUCUCAUAUACGUCGCAUACAUCAUGGUCAUCGCAUGUGGCCUGCAUCACUUGGGAGGUUUCGGCGUGAUGUGGCAGAAUGCGAGGAAUGGAGGCCGCUUGAUAUUCCUCAAUUUUGACGCAAGCCCUUACGAGACAUACACGACGUGGACCAUGGUUCUCGGCUUUACCGUCACCUGGAUGGGCAUGUACUGCGCCAGUCAGACACAGGCUCAGCGCUACACUAGCAUCGGAUCACUGAAGGGCGCCCGCAAAGCUCUGAUGCUGAACAUUCCGGGCAUGGCGCUAAACGUGUCGAUGGCUGUGCUAUCAGGGCUGACCCUGUAUGCCGUAUACGGGCGCUGCGAUCCGAGGCUCACGGGUGAAAUCCGCAAGGCAGACCAGCUCAUGCCGUACAUAAUACAAGACCUGCUCCACGAGUACCCCGGCCUCUGCGGUUUAAUGGCGGCUGCUGUCUACAGCAGCUCUCUCAGCACGCUCUCAUCCGGAUACAACGCCCUAGCGGCUGUGACGUGGGAAGACUUCCUGCGCCCUUGCCUAAAAACAUCUGAAUCAUCUGCUCUCCGGAUAACUAAGCUGACAGCGGCUACGUACGGACUUCUUUCUAUGUCUAUAGCCUUUCUUGUCGGAACUAUGGAAUCCAUCAUGCAGGCUGUCUCAUCGCUUGGAGGUGCCCUGACUGGCCCGCAGGUGGCCAUCUUCGUUUUGGGCUUGCUUGUUCCCUGCGUCAAGAAAAAGGGCGUCUUCUCUGGAACCGCGGUGGCGCUUUUGCUCACCGGCUGGAUGGCCCUGGGAUCUAUAUUGUACCCGCGGAAGCACCACACUCUGCCCACGACGACGGCGGGAUGCUCGCAUUUCAACAAGACCAUCACAUCAGGAUCGUACGACCCACUUCCCCGGCCAAGUGGGGUCUACCAGAUCUACCACGUCUCUUUCAUGUGGUUCGCCUUCGUUGGAUUCGUCGUGCACGUGGCCGUCUCUGUGGCCGUAAGCCUAGUUUUCGAACGGAGUGAUACUGAUGCCGUGGAUCCUACGUACGUCUUUCCGCUCGUUCGGAAGUAUAUGCGAAAGAAAGCGCUCAAGAGGAACGACAGCCCCAAUCAGCUCAAGGAGGCCUUGCCUGCGAAUGGAGCGUCGCCGAAGGAGCUCAUAGCCCUGAUUUCGGACGGCAAUCAUCAUGCUUAAGCACUAUCCAGUAAAAAGGUUACCUCGGAAAGCCACAUUUCACCCACGUUAGAGGCAAGGAGCGCACUAAUCAGGAGGCUGAGAAAAUUUCUAGUCAUCAGGGCAGUUGAACCUACAUUUAGGCGUAUUUUUCACAGACGGAGUUUGAAGAGCGUGAAAACGGAACGAAUGAGAUAAAUAUUUUUGCAGUGCGGCCAUUACUUACAACUUGAACCAUGGAAUAGCCCUAUCGCGCCGGCCUGCUUAGCUUGGCAGUCUAAGCCUGGCUAUUGCUGUUCUUGUAGCGCCUCGUUCACAAUAUAUAGUUUGUCGCCGCACGUCGGGAAAGCCACUGUCGUGAAGAAGCACAAGAAGAGAGCGGAAUAUUUCUCUUCUACUGAUAUGGUGACCUUCGGGAAACACUAAAGGACAUUGUACAUAAUCGCAUGAAAAGGACAUCAAGUAAUAAGUUUCACUUCGCACUAUAGCCUCCGCCAGGACCACUUAAUGUGCUCCGUAUUGCCAAACUUGCCGCAUUGUGGACGAAGCGAAAAAGUCGCGCACUGUCUUUAAUUAGCGAGCUGGUGUGUACGCUGAAACCAUUCUGAUUACAAAAAAGUAAUUUAGCCUCCAGGCGGCUCAGUCCCUUGAUCACGCAGGCCUCACUCGGGAGUACCGAAAUCUUCCGAAUAUUACAGCGAAUAGACUACCAUGUCAGUUGGGAAUUCUUAGGCAGGCGCAGUAGCGCUGAAUCAACACGAGGCUGUGCUUGUAUUCCCGGCCUGCUGCCCCGCUGAAGAAGUGGCCGUGAUGUCCCUGGACCAAUCUGGUGUCCACAGCCGGCCAUCCUGCAGCUCGAUGUGAACGUGCUGGUGAAAAAGUCAGGCUACCUGUAUACUUCGAUGACUGCGUUUUGCCGAUGUUACAUGGAACGAUGACGGGCCGUUUUCUGAGGGCCACAGACUUUUUACGAACGACGUGCAUGACAGCAAGCCUCAACAUCGCCGUCCCGCAAUUGGGACCAACCCCGACAGUGGGCCUUCGGCGCCAACGACGACAAAGGCGUGCAUUCCAUGUACGCGACGAGUUCAUCUCGCGAACUUGCAGCAGAAGACAGUGCCACUCGUACGAACAGUUUAUAUUUCUAUCGCGUCUAUAUGUUGUCCUUUCGUCGUUCAGCUCGCAUCCAAGCCAUGGUGUGAUAAAGUUGCUUUU